AUGAAAAAGGCUUGCAAGAAAGUUUUGCAGCGUUCUAGGAGAAUAUCUCAACGACAUCGAUCAUUUCGAUUUCUUUAUUCGCCGAAUGGCCAAUCAAUACAACUAAGAGGAAUUCCAGGCCCCCCUGGUCCCCCUGGACUCAAAGGUGUGCGCGGGUAUCCUGGUUUUCCUGGUCCAAUAGGGCUCGAUGGGCCAAAAGGAGUUAAUGGCUUACCAGGAGCGAAGGGAGAACCUGGUGAACGAGGGCCAAUUGGGCCACCAGGACUUCCAGGUCCUAAAGGUGAUCGUGGCUACAACAUUCCUUUCAGUGCUUUGCAGGCUGAUGAUCCCUAUGACGGAUGGGAUCCUAUCGAUGCCAUUAAUGAUUAUCCUUCUUUCUAUAACUCAUAUAAAGUGAAUGAUGCCAACCAACUUACACCAUCACUUAUACAGGGACCACCAGGUCCCCCUGGUCCUCCAGGUGAGGCUGGCAAACCAGGUGCGCCAGGACCGAAAGGCGACAGAGGUUUGCCAGGAUUUGAUGGAGAAACUACUGUUGGUCAAAAAGGAGAACCAGGCAAAACAGGACCGCCAGGAAAGCCUGGUCCUCCUGGUCCUCCCGGUGCUCUUGGUCCACGAGGUUAUAAGGGUGAUCCAGGACUGUCUAUAGAACACGAUUUAUAUGGCAAAUCAAAACUUCAAAAAGUGGGAGCUCCAGGUCCUCCUGGGGUACCUGGGCCACCGGGUCCACCUGGUAUUAAAGGUGAUACAGGUCGUCCAGGGAGAGAUGGUCGAGAUGGAAGUGCGGGCUUACCUGGAAUUGUGGGAUCUCCGGGCGAGAAAGGUGAACGUGGCGACAUGGGUCCUCCAGGGCCGCCUGUCGUUGUAACUGCUAGUACCAGCAGCAGAAUUGGUCAAGUGAUAGCUGGGCCGCCUGGUCCUCCAGGUCGCGAUGGAAAAGAUGGAGAAAAAGGAGAAAAGGGCGAAGCGUGUGAAAUUGCUCCUCCAGGUCCGCCCGGUCCGCCAGGUCCGCCUGGAUUGAAAGGAGAUCCUGGGCGGCGUGGAAGAAGGGGUAAGAUUGGUGCAAUUGACAACGAAACAAUUAUGAAACGCAUUUUACCCAUUAUACAGAAUGUUUUUUCGCAACCUGGGCCUAUAGGUCCUCCGGGACCAAUGGGACCAAAAGGUGAUCGCGGACCACAAGGAUUACCAGGCCAUAGUGGACUCAAGGGAGAUCGUGGUGACAUUGGUCCACCUGGCUUAAUCGGCCCUCCUGGACCACCAGGUCAACCGAGUCAGAAUUUUGGCUAUGGAUCACAAGCCCUUGGGCAACCUGGACCACGAGGGAGCCCAGGACUGCCAGGUCCACCAGGACUUAGAGGCGAAAAAGGCGAAAAGGGUGAAGUUGGGAUGCCUGGACCACUUGGAUUGCCCGGUCCGCCAGGCCCAAUGGGAAUGCGUGGUCUUCCAGGAGUUGGAAAACAAGGCAAAACGGGACCAAAAGGUGAACCGGGAGCAAUGGGUCCAUCAGGACCUCAAGGUGAGCGUGGUGAUCGCGGUCCGCCGGGAGAGCGAGGAGAAACAGGCGAAAAAGGAGAACAGGGAAUUCCUGGUCUGGAUGCACCAUGUCCUAUAGGACCAGAUGGGCUACCCAUGCCAUAUUGCUCAUGGAAACCUCUUGAUCAAAAUGUGAAAGCUGAUUAUGGCAUUGAUCCGAAGAAAGAAUGGUCGAAUGGUGGCAUACAAUAUUCUGAAAUCAGUGGAGAUCAAACUGCUUGGCUCAAUGGAAGUUUUACUGGCUUAUGA